AUGGCUGAUAAGUGCACUGCAGAGGUGGUUGUUGCUUGUGAAUUAACUGGUAAUGGUGCUGCUGCUGCAGAGUCUCAUGUGGUAGAGAUUCCUGUGGACGAGGAGAAGCAGAGCAGCCUCCCCUGUUCUCCUGCAAAACAGCCAUUGGAAGAAAUAGCAGAUAGCAAGGGCCAUCUGUUGCUGCUGAAGCUGUGGCAGAGGGAGGAGGAGCUCAUAGCCCACCAAAUGGAAGUAAAGGAAUCAAGAAUUGAUAGCAUUCACAAGGAGAUCUUCCAACUUGUUUGUUGCUAUUUUGUUUUCAACUGGAUUGUUCUCACUCUACUUUUCACAGCUGGCAGUAGUGCUCACACCUGUACCAGGUGGUGGAUUCCUUGUAGCAUUUCUUUGAUAACCUCUGUGAUUCUUAUCUGUGCUAUUUUGUAUAAGAUUGUCAUUAGGGGAAGAGUUCACAUGGGGUUGCAGAAGGACAAGGCGAAUCUGAGAAGUGUGAGCAAAUGCAUUCAAGAGCUGAGGAUGAAGGGCGUGAGCUUUGAUCUGUCCAAAGAGCCUCAAAACGCCAAGAGAAUGAAGAGCUCCAGUGUGGAAACCAGACUGAAUCCUCUCAGAUGGUGUUCUGAAUUUUUUGUUCCCAUUGCCUUAAGUCUCAUUUCAGGCCUUAUCCUGUGCUCAUCCAGAUAUAUUGUUUGUAGUUAG